AUGAGUUUGAAUGCAUUUCUGCCACCGUCCGUGCGACUUAACGCGUCAAGUUCUAGCGCACAGGCUGUGCCCAGGGUCCAGGCACAUAUUAUGCCGUUUUCUAUCGAGUACAAUGGUCCUGCUCCUGUUGGAACCUACCUUCUGAUGGAGUCGCCUCUUGAACCCCAUCUUGCCCCAAUGGGAAGUGCAAACCCAAGCAGAUUCGAUCCUGAUGAGAGUGACGAAGCUAUUUCAUCAUUCCGUGGCAGAUAUAUCCAUGGAACUCGCGCAUAUCUCCCUGAUGGUUACAAGUUAGGCUUUUUUCGUAUGUCUCGGGCGCUAGCGUGCUCAGAGAUGCCUAAUGAGUACGAGCAUAUCGGCGAUCAACCUCGUCGCAAUGCACAAAGCCAUUUAAUAGCCCCGCCAGCUCCAACACAGGGAUCCAGGUUUUCAUUGGAUGAUGACGAGGAUGCUUUCAACGAUUGUAUAGGCAAGGAUGAAAGCGACGAGGAAGAGCAUGCGACCGCUCAUCGUACCUAUCGAGAGCAGGAAAACAUCUUACACAUGAAUGAAUCCGACCAGCUUUCUGCCCCUGAGUCACUUCAUAUUCCUGAUCGACAUCAAGAUGAAUGCGGUGCACCUGCGCUCUAUCAUCGUUGGGAACUAGUGCUCAAUGCAGGAGCUUCAUUUUGGGCGUGGGGCCCAGAUGGUCCUGUCGAUUAUGGGAGCCACGCAUUUUUGCGAACUUGUAACGAAUGGAUCAAGGUGAUUGUCCCUUUUCUUCAUGGGACGGACGCGCUGUGA